AAAUAAAGUCUAAAUGUGCAAUGUAUUAUUAUUUUACGCUUAAUAGUAAUUAAAUUAUGCAGUUUCAUUUUUGAACAAAUUUUGUUUAAAUGAGCUCAGGUUGGAGUGCAAUGGCGAGUUUCGCCAUUAGAACUAGGAUUAUCAUUCGCUCAGUUCACGCCUAGCUGACCGGACAAGAUGGAAGCUGUUGCUGCACACAAGGAUGAGGUUACUCCCGUUGAGUCGAAAAUUGAUGACUUGAAGAGAAAGUCCGUGGAUGCGAAGGACAUAGAUCAUGAUACAAAGAAUGGCAGUGACGAACCAGUUGUCAAGAAAGUCAGAAAAGAUGGGAAUGAAGCCGGAGAUAAUGCUAGUGAUGAGAAAGUUACAAGCCCAACUUCAGAGAAACAAGCAGAUGGUGAGUCAGAUGAAGAUGACACACAAGGUAAGUAAGGGUAGCUUUUGUAAAAUUAGGACAUUACAUGGCUCGAGUUUUGCUAAUAAGUGUUGAGUCUAAAAACUUAUGCAGACCAUCUAAGUGAUUGCUUUUAAUUUUAGAUGACGCGUCACAAGACACCAAAGAAACAAAUGGUACAAGUAAGUGGUUUCCUCCUACUUACCGUUAUUUUUAGGCGAACAUCUAAAUGGAAGUAAUGGGGAACAUGUUAGUGAACAUCAGGAAGAAAGUAAAAGCGACUUUUUCUUAUGCGUUGUUCUAGAAUCAAAUGAUGGGACUGAGGCUGAUUCGGAGAAGGGCGAUGACGCUUCGGCCGACAAGGAAUCAAAUAAUCAGGCCAGCGAUUAACUUUGGCAUUUCUUCGCACUCCAGGCAUUUAUGUCUUUUGAUAACGUUUUUACCGAUUUUUAUUCUAACCCGGCAGCUUUUGCACAAGUUUAUUAUUCUCCCAUAUUAUACAUUAAUAGAUGUUUGGACUCAUUUUCAUUGGAGCGAAGUUCUUUCAACUUGAGAUUAUUGUUGUUUUUUGGUUUGUAUUGUUGAAAUGUUACACAUGUUCAAAAUACAAUGAUAUUCCAAGUUA